AAAUUGACAGAAGCGUUUUAAUGCAUAUUCUUGUAGAUUUCUACUUCCGUUCUUGGUUGUGAAUUUUCCAUAUUUACAAUUGAAUUUAUUCGAAAAUAAAUUGGAUUUACGCUCCGCAUUUUUGAUCACUACACAUACGAUAGCAAAUAUCUAAAAUGUCCUCGUACAAGCCUAUUGAUUCAAAAAGAGAAGAAUUUCGGCGAUAUUUAGAACGGGCUGGUGUUAUGGAUGCCUUGACCAAGGUCCUAGUUAGUCUCUACGAAGAACCUGAUAAACCAGAAGAUGCUUUAGAAUAUGUGCGGAAACAUUUAGGUACAGAGGGUGGAGAUGAUGAGUUAGAGGCUGCACGAGCUCGGAUUGCAGAAUUAGAAGCUGAAAAUGCCUUACUCAAAGGAGAAGCAGCUCCAACAGAAGGAUAGAUAAAUUAUAAAAUAUUUAAGUUAAAAGAUGAUCUCAAUUCACUGAUCUCAAGUAAUUUGUUGAUCUUACAAAUUAUAUUAAGUUACUUACUAUAAGAGUUAUAUUUCUGUUGUAUGUGCAGAAAGCACAAUUUUGUUUGUUUCAAAGCUUUUAUGUAAUAAUAUUAUAUAAGUU